AAUUUUUUUCUAUGGUUGACUGUCGAUCGGGAUUCAAUUCCUCUUUAUUUUCCCUUCCUUUCUACCAGGUCUUCUCUUUCACUCACUUUGCAGGGGUGAACUGCAAGGAUCGCUGCCCGGGGCUUACUUACAUCUGCUACAUACGUAAUGGCGUCCUAAUCCUCGUUCGUCUUCCCCUCAUCGCACCACCUCCUUGAACUCUUUCUUGUCUAUUUCUCGGGUCAUUCUCACGCAUUCCUCUUGGGUUAACUCACUUUCCUCUGGCUGAUGGAGUCUCGUUGUUGGCUUCUACAAGAUGGGUUGUUGCUUCUCUUUGCUGUCGCGUGACAGUAACCAGCCGCCACAUACGAUUGCGACAGGAUGUAUCACCACCACCGAAGCGCACCAACAACGACAACAGCAGCAACAACAACAACAACAAUGUACAGACGCUUCGCCUACGCCCGAGGUUCACGCUGCCACAACUUCCACAAUUAUAUCCAACACCUCCGCCUCGCAAAUCGCCAGGCCGACGACUCGCCGCCGCGGGCCGCCGGUAAACCAGUUCCCCCUGAGUGAGCACUUCAAUGCGCCGAUCCGCCCGCAUGUCUGGUACAGCAAGCGUCGGGCGUGGACGCGCGCUCAACUGGACCAGGAGCGGCAAGAGUUCUUUGAGACAAGGGUGACGGGGCGGUCGGAGAUAUGGGCUGCUCUAGCGGCUGCGCUUACGUUCAUGCGAGAGAAUAACGAUCUUGCGACGGCGCAGAGUAUCAUUGAUGCUGCUGGUAUUACUGUUCCCACGGGUGAUGUCUGUCAAGGGUGUUAUGAUGAACAAGGUGCGCUGUACCGAUUGCCGCAGUGUAUUGUGAGCGAUCCGGAGAAUAUGGUACAGGCGGAUCGUGCGGAUGAUUACUCCGACGUGGACGAUGAUGAAAUGUCCAAGUUGGCCGAUGACGAUGCAUCAGGCGAUGAGCUUAUUUCAGAUGAUCUUGAGAAACGUCGGGAUGAGAAGGGCAAGACCAGUGAGCGGGACCUUAUCAGUGUGAGAGCUCGACUUAGCGACAGGGGUGGGUUAGACCUUGUCGUGUCUGUUGGGAAAAAUCGAAGUGUUGGUUUCAUUGCACGCAAGAUUCGACAGGAAGCAGAUAUCGGCCAGCAUCAAACAGUCAGGAUUGCAUAUCUAGGCAAAGUUCUUAGAGGCCACACAUCAUUACCGGACCAGGGUUGGGAGCCGGGCCAUGUCAUCAAUGUGUUCAUCGCUCCUGGACCCUCUGCGUCGUAACGGCUGGUCCCAUUCCUGAAAAUACUCGAUUAAUGCCUCUACGUUCUCUUCUUUCCUAAUCAUUAGCGAUGGCACUGUGUUCCGGCGUUUAUUGUCUCUGGAUUUGCAUAAUACCCCCAUCAUGCGGUCUUCUUGUUUUGAUUCAUUCUUUUGCUAUUUUGUGCCUCUUAUCUAUAUACUCGGUGUCAUUUACCUUUCUAGCACUUACUAUUCCGUUUUCCUGUUUCAUUAUUGAGGACAAGCAUACAAACCGUAGUUUCUAUAGGACAUGAAAAUCUCGAUCCUCAAAUAGCAAAUGGCUAGACCCCAGGAUACCUCUGAUC